AUGCAGUACUACGCCCUUCAUCGUGCAGGGACUGAUAACCACCUGGUCAUACUGGAUCUACGUAGCAGAGGUAUUAAUGGGAAUAAGACCGAGAAACUCUGUGAUCAUGUGGCUAUCUCCCUGAAUAAAAACACAGUCCCUGGGGACAAGUCGGCUAUCACUCCGUCGGGUCUUCGUAUCGGCGCUCCGGCUAUGACCACUCGCGGUGCUAAGGAGGAAGACUUCCGCAAAAUCGCCCAGUUCAUUCACCGCGUUGUGGAAAUUGGCUUGCAGGUUCAGAAGCAGUCGGGUCCGAAGUUGAAGGACUUUCUUGCUAUUUUGGAUAACACUCCCCCUCCAGAGCUGACUCAGCUGCGUGAAGAGGUUAUGGCAUUCAGUUGUGGGUUUGUUCCCAUCGGUCAGUGA